CGCGCCUGGCCUCUAGGUUGCGAGUUGCGGCGACGGCUUGCAGGGUGCCCGACCGCUGUAGGAAAUUUUACUCUUUGCUGUCGGAAACCCGGUGCAGGCCUGGCUCCGAGCCCGCGCCGCAGCCUGGUUUCGCCUUUGCUAGCCCGGGAGGCUGUCCCCGGGAAGGAUGAUGAUAUGCAGAUCAAAUGACAUGCCUGAAAACAUGAAUAAUACUCUGCACUUAUUAGAUUAUCAUCAGAUACCAACGAAAAUGAAGCGAAGUCAAAUGAAGAGCCUCUCCUGAGAAAGAGUUCUCGCCGAUUUGUCAUCUUUCCAAUCCAGUACCCCGAUAUUUGGAAAAUGUAUAAACAGGCACAGGCAUCCUUCUGGACAGCGGAAGAGGUUGACUUAUCCAAGGAUCUCCCUCAUUGGAACAAGCUUACAUCAGAUGAGAAGUAUUUUAUCUCUCAUGUCUUAGCCUUUUUUGCAGCCAGUGAUGGAAUUGUGAAUGAAAAUUUGGUGGAGCGCUUUAGUCAGGAGGUGCAGGUUCCAGAGGCUCGCUGUUUCUAUGGCUUCCAAAUUCUCAUCGAGAAUGUUCACUCAGAGAUGUACAGUUUGCUAAUAGACACUUACAUCAGAGAUCCCAAGAAAAGGGAAUUUUUAUUUAAUGCAAUUGAAACAAUGCCAUAUGUUAAGAAAAAAGCAGAUUGGGCCUUGCAAUGGAUAGCAGAUAGAAAGUCUACUUUUGGGGAAAGGGUGGUGGCCUUUGCUGCUGUAGAAGGAAUUUUCUUCUCGGGAUCUUUUGCUGCUAUAUUCUGGCUAAAGAAAAGAGGUCUUAUGCCUGGACUCACUUUUUCCAAUGAACUCAUCAGCAGAGAUGAAGGGCUUCACUGUGACUUUGCUUGCCUGAUGUUUCAGUACUUAGUAAAUAAGCCUUCGGAAGAAAGGGUCAGGGAGAUCAUUGUUAAUGCUGUUGAAAUUGAGCAGGAGUUUUUAACAGAAGCCUUGCCAGUUGACCUCAUUGGAAUGAAUUGUGUUUUGAUGAAACAGUAUAUUGAGUUUGUAGCUGACAGAUUACUUGUGGAACUUGGAUUCUCAAAGGUUUUUCAGGCAGAAAAUCCCUUUGAUUUUAUGGAAAACAUUUCUUUAGAAGGGAAAACAAAUUUCUUUGAGAAACGAGUUUCAGAGUAUCAGCGUUUUGCAGUUAUGGCGGAAACCACAGAUCAUGUCUUCACCUUGGAUGCGGAUUUUUAAAACCUUCCCAUAUCUAAACCUGUCAUUGGUAAAUAGCAGUCUAUUUUUCUCUGCUUUUUUUUAAAAAAAACUUUAUCUCCUUUAGGGAAUAGGAGUUUGCUCAAAAGGAAUCCAAAACCAAAUUUCAAUCAAGUUGAAUUUUUAUAAAUACACUCUAAUUUUCCUGUUUAACAACCAGAAUGUGACCUAAAUGCUUUUGUUUUGUCACUAAGAUAUAAGAUGGCAUUAUGUAGGGGGCCGGCCCAGUGGCGUAGUGGUUAAGUGCACAUGCUCCGCUUCAGUGGCCCAGGGUUCACAGAUUCGGAUCCUGGGUGCGGACCUAGCGCC